UGUCUCUCAAACGACGCGAGAAUCCCUGCGGCCCCAAUGUUCUGCAGCGAUGCAGGGCCCAGACUUGCUCUUACGACACGUCCACUGUCUCCUAUUGUUGCUGACACAGCUCGCACCAAACAAGGAGCCCACAGCUCGCCAUGCAGAUCCCAUCAGCCAUCCGCAGAACCAUCCCUUCUUUAAGAAGUGCACAUGAGAGCAACAUCUUCCUCUCCUCUCUAUCGUUUUACCCGUACAAACGUGUCGUGAGUAGCAUACUAACUGCGCCACCGACCAUCAUCCGGCCAUUCAAGUCAAUCACAACAAUUAUUUACCUGCCUACGGCCAACCACAGGAGGAAGAGAUAACGAGAUGGCGCCCAGAGACAGUUCGCGAUUCUCUUUCAAGUCUCGCUUUUCCCUUUUAUCCCUUCUCCCUGCCCGGCAUCCACCUCUUUUUGUCGAUCCCCCUCGAAUGCCACCUACUCAUCCGGGUCCACGGCACGAGACAAUCAUUUCAGAUACGGUUUCGCCCGUCCACAGCGAGUAUCCCGAUCUGGGAACACCCUUCCCGCCCUGCCGAAAAAAGAGCUAUGACAGGAGUCCAUUGGGGUGGGGACACGGUGAAGAGGGGGAGCCAGUGGAGGAAAAGAAGAGGAGAGCAAAGAGACCACCCCCGCUCAACCUGGAGAGAACGCAUAUGAUGUAUCCACCUUCAUCCGUGGACGUCGUCAUCGACCCUGGUACGCCGUUUAACCUUGACUCUCCUCCGCCUCAGAAGCAAGUGCCUUCAUUACCCAAGAAGAUCAAGCCGAGAAAGAAGCGGCAGUUGGUCGAAGACCCUUUCGAAGUAGCAGAGGUCGAGAUAGGGCAUCGGUACCCAUCGUGGAAAGAUGGCAAGGCCGACAUUCGUCCAGGACAGGUCAUUCCCCCUGGGCUUAUGCCUUCUCUGGUUGACUUGGACGUCAAGCCCAAGCCCAACCGUCGUGGCACGGCGGUUGACACGCCUGACAAUUAUGAAUCGGUUCUUCACAAUGUGCUUCUCACCCCCACAUACAUCGUUCCUUCGCCACAAGUCAAUUCCACACCGACGCCUUCUCCUUACGAUCCUUCCGAGUUCAUCGAAAAGUACGACCGCCCACGCACUCUGCUGGACAGAGCAACAGACACUAUCUCAAACGCUGCUAAACGAACUUCAAAAUGGAUGCCUGGCAAGAGUAUCCUUCGUAAUGGUUCCAGCGGUGACGAUGGAGCUACAAACAAGUCACUGAGGGCAUUGAAAGAGAGAGAACUUCAGGAGAUGGCUCGCUUUCGUCAGAACGCUAGGCCAGGUGUGCGGUUAGCCGUACCUGGCGAGGCGGCAUAUUCGAGUGGUUCAAGCCCGGCGAGAGAGAUGAGCAACAUCUAUUCAAGAAAAAGUCCUGGCUGGCUUGGUUCAAGAGAAAGAAUAAUAGGCUACGAUGGAGAUGGAAAGUAUCCUGUAGUGGUUGGUUCCAGUAACAACGGAUGGAGAGCGGGGAAAAGGGAUGAAGAGCACGCAAAGAGGAAUAAGAGAAUAUGGAAGAUUACAAUUAUUGUUGCGAUCUUGUUCCUUACUGCUUUGACGAUUGGCCUUUGCACUUCACUCCUUCGCAAGUCCUCAUCUUCAUCUUUGGACACUUCAUCAUCUAGCGACGCCGCCAGUGCGGAUAACAGUUCUGGAUCCGCAACAGUCACUUCUUCAGCAGCUUCUGCCUCUUCAACGUCAUCUCAAACACUCAGUACCUGCCUUAACCUCUUCACUUCGUCCGCUCCCACAUCUCCAGCUUCUUACCCUUGUUCCGACUGUGUGCAGGUCCUUCAGUCUACUACUAAUGAUUUUUCUGAACCGAUGGUUAACGGCAAUUCCACUGGUGUGGGGUCCGCACUUCAGUUCUGUGCCAUGAUGGACAUCUACAGUCAGAUUGAAAAUACUAGCCAGCUAAGUAAGUGGGGUGAAGAUGCGAGUCCUUGUGGAUGGGAUGGGAUUGGGUGUGACUCCAGGGGAAGGAUAACAAGUUUGUCUCUGCAAUAUCCCAACGUACCCACAGCGCUUCCAGAUACUCUCGGAAAUGUUUAUGCUUUGAAAGCACUACAUCUUCUUGGUAAUUCAUCUGUACCUACUGGUGAUUUUCCAAGCUCUUUACUAUCUCUUCCCUAUUUUCAGACAUUGGACCUUGAGUACACUGCGAUCACCGGCAGGAUCGAUACGGCACCCUUCAACUCUGCAACAGGGUUGGUCACUUUGAUGCUGGUCAGCAAUUCCCAGCUUGGCACAUCUAUGCCUGACCUGUCAUCCAACACCAAACUCGUCACUGCCGCUGUCACAGGACAAGGGUUGACCGACGCCGAAGCGGACAAAUUGCCCUCUUCAUUGACCUACCUCGAUUUGUCUUACAACUCGCUCAGCGGUCAGGUACCUUCGUUCAGCCAACUUGCGUCCCUCAAAACUUUGUAUCUUCAAAACAACGAUUUCACUUCUGCCCCCGAUUCCAUUCCAUCGUCCCUGACUACCAUGUCUUUCACGUCGAAUUACCGGCUAUCCGGCACCAUGCCAUCUUCAGUGUGUUCGAGCACCGUGCUCACAUCAUGUGAUCUUCGAAGCACGAAUCUGACUGCGGGCACGACAUCGUCAAGCAGUCGUUCGAGCUCGAGCACCUCCCUGAGUUUUGUAGCUGCCAGCAGUACCAUCACAAGUAUAGCCUCAACUUCAAGCUCAAGUGUUAAAGUCAGCGGCAGUUCCAUGUCAAGCGCUAGCAGCAGCAGCGGUAGCAACUCAGCUGCCAGAGAUACAAACGUGACGAGCAGCACAAUGAUAGGAGUGUCAGCUAGGGCGAGUACAGAAGAAGGGACAUGCGGGGUUUGUCAAUUUAAUUAACCAAAAAUUCGUAUUCUCGAACUGCAUGAUUUACAUAUCUAUAACCAGCACAUACAUGGUGGAGCGCUCUUAUCUAUCUAUUGGUUUUUGUAUUAUUAUGUAACAGUUAA